CUUGCAGAAUCGAUGAUUGCUGCCAGUUUGGCUAUUACUGGUCACUCUGUUCUUCACAUGGAUAAAGAAACGGAGGGUCACACAGAAGCAAAAGGAAAUCAAGACGAAGUCACCCCCAACAUCUACAGUUGCAUCGAAGUACUUUCUGCGUCCGAAGAUGCGCCCUCUUCAAUGUCAAAGGCUAAUUCACAACCCAAUCUGCACAUUUCCAACUCCUCUGGACCUCUUCCUUCUUCGGAGCCACAACCGAUUUCCGAUACGACUGCUGCAGUUGCUAUCUCCGACACUACCAAUGCCCUCUCCUCGCUCUCCAUGGACACAUCAAGUCUUUCAUCGAGUAAUCCAUCCCAGCCCGUAGCAUGGACAAAGGCCACCCUCAUUGACCGUCUUCGGAGGGCAGAUUUUGAUAUUUUACCACGGUUGAUUUUUGCUGAAAGCCCCAUAGUGAAAGCGAUGAUUCGUUCGGAUGUUACGAGAUACCUCGAAUUUCGUUCAAUCAAUCGCCUCCUUUCCUUCAAUCCUGAAGGCCGUGACCAGCAGGAAACAGUCGAUCCAAAGUCCAGACAGCCUUCAAUCGGUCCUCCACAAACGACCUCGUCAGUUCUUGUCAAGGUCCCAGUUUCGCGGGGGGAAGUGUUCCAAACAAGAAUUCUUUCGCUUUCUCAAAAGCGCAUGCUUGUUGGUUUUCUGGAGUGGUGCGCGGCUGUUACUGCCUCUUCAUCGUCUCCUGACACGUCUAGUGAAGCCAGAGCGAGAGGGCUCGAUUCUUCCUCCCUCGACCCAGAGGACGCAGCAUAUCUCGACAGUCCGCUCAUUGAUUAUCUUCAACGGAAGCGCAACCUCGAUGGCUUCAUUUCGCGCGUGGUUGUCAAUUGCCUUGCCCUGGCAAACAGCACAAUAACGUUGAGAAAUGCUCUGCCACGGUUUCGUCGCCUAAUCUGCUCCAUGAAUCGCGUGGGCCCAUUCCCCCUGCUCUGGCCCAUGUUUGGUUGCGGCGAAUUGCCUCAGUCGUUUUGCAGGAUGUGCGCGGUCUUUUCGGGGACGUAUUGUCUAGGGAGAACAAUUACCGCCAUUCGAACGAUUGACGCCGGCGUGGAUGCCCACGCUAGACGCUACAUCGUCCAUCUUUCCACGGGAGAACAGGUGUCCACGUCAUGUGUCCUGAUCGGCGCGGACCAGGCCCCGAGUGCGUGGGUGUUGCCGCAGGUCAGGCGGUGGAUCGCUCGUGCGAUCCUUGUCACGGAGGCCUCUCUCUUCCCGGCCGGCCACGAGCCUUAUGACAUCACUUUGGUUCCCAUACCGAUGCAGGGACAAAGUGAGGUCGCCAUCGAACCAGCAUUCCUCCUUGAAACGCCAGUUGAGAAAAGGAACGGCAGAGUCGAAUUGUUCAUAACCCACCUCACGGCUUCUUGUGACAGUUGUGUCGACGCGGCGGAAUUUUUCGCCUCCACUAUUGAUAUCCUCUAUGCGAAAGGUGAGAGAACUUCGUCCUACUCUCAGCAAUUGGCUUUUGUAGAUGCAACUGGGAGUAACCCGUCCGGAAAACCCAGAAUCUUGUGGAAUUGCUUCUUUACCCUUCCCGAUCUCUCUGGUGUAAACCAGGCUCUCCUGACAGCAAACCUCGGGACAGAACCGGCGGCCAUUUUUGUGGUUCCUGGUCCAGACUCCUCUCUCUUCAUGGAUGGAAUGGUGGAACAGGCAGAAAGUAUCUUUCAUCAGGCCUUUGAGCUUGUGCGACGUGACUCUCUCAGAGAUGCUUCAGAGCCGGUGUCAAGCCAGGGCGAGACCACGACCACCGCUUUGUCCACAGCUUUGAUCUCCCUGGACGCCCACUGGGACGGGAUCUUCCCUCCGCGUCCACCUCGCCCCGAGGACCUGGUUUUCGUGGAUCCAGAGACGGGUGGAGAAAGCGACGACUGGGGCAUCUCCACCACACCUGCGUCAGCUCGUCCCGCCGCACUACCCAGCGGUCAUGGUGAUUGGAGUGUCGCGGCUGUAGAUAGCACGCUUGGGGAGAGUGAAUUCACCACGGCGGCUGAUCCCUAA